UCGCCGUUCGUUCGACAACGUGGCUCGGAAGUACUGUGUCCCGUCGAUCCAGAUGAGUCGUCCAGGACGACGUGGAUGACGACGUCGACGACAAUGCCUCCACUCGUCCGAUUUCGCGCAACGUGGUCCAACCCGAUCGCCCAGGAACGCCGAUAGAAGCGUGCCUCGAUUGCGAUCGAUGAUCGUCCCAGUGGAAUCCACAGGUACCCCAGUGGUGUCUCCGUUCGUCGUGCUCCAACUUACGCCCGUCCAUUCGAAGAUGAAGCCUUUGCUUCCUAUGUGAACUCGAUCCACCGAGUCAUUCGUUCGUUAACGCGUGUGAAACUGCUCCGAGUGCUUUUGUGCGAGGAUCGAUCAGGUUUCACGUCGAGAUGGAUCGAGACUGGCAUGGAUAGAUGAAUCACAAUACAGAAUAGUAAAAGGAAACGCGAGAGAGGCGUCGGUCCAAACGCAGGACUUUACGCGAGACAGAAAAUAAUGUCGAUUGUUCUCGACUCCGUGGAUCGAAUGGAUAGCACGACGGGCGUUUGCGGAUCCCUUUCGAUCGAAGGAUUCUUAGCAUUCGGCGUCCUAGUGGUAAAUUUCCUGCCAGGAGAUUCGACGUCGAUCGAAGGGUUGGUCGAAGGUCGACUGGUUCGGAUUUAACUGGCAUCUGAUGAAAGUGUCCGGUGUCGUCUGCCUCGAUCGUUUAAUCGGUGGACCGGGGAGGUACCGAGGGAUCCAGUUGAAAAGUCGGGGAUCCCUUGAUUCGAACGACUCAGUGGGAAACGUAAUAAACCGAGACAGCACAAUGCUGGCCGCUUUGGACUGAGCACAAUGACAAGGGAGGUUUUUGAUCUCGUUGCAAAAUAUUGAAUCGAUCUACUACCGGUGAAUGGCAGGGCUUAGGACGACUUCCGUGUAUUCUAUGGUUGGGUCACGGUGCCGGGGAUCAUCCCCCUGACACACACGCAGCCAUACAGGGCGGAAUCGAGAUUGAAAGAGACAGAGACGCACACUCGAUACGUCGAUCUUGCGCAGAAUAUGAGGAUGGCACGAGGAGAACUUGGCGACAAACGCGUGACACCAUGAGGAAAUUGUCGAGCGAAUCCACGUCGAUUCCGGAUUACACUUUGACCUACUGGAUUCUCAGGUGUCGAAGAACUCGACGCCCUCAUUGAAGCAAGCAGAACGGAACGAUCCACAAGAACGUUUAGUGAUCGUGAUUUUGUGGCCAAACGGAUCGUUAGGAAUUCGAGGAAGAGGAUCAUGGGCGAACCUUCCAACGGAAAUGAGGAUGACACGAGAUUCUCAGCAGGGGAUUUCAAUGAUACGCGUCUGAGCUAGGGGCAGGCGUUCUGCGCGAUCGGCGAAAGGGCCAGCCAGGACGCAGCACCUCGUUUCUUGCGUACACGGAGGAUCAAGGGACCUUAUCGCGCGCGGAACAGCGCACCAGAGGCAGCGAGGCCGAGAGGAAAAACGCUCGGACGCAGGUAUCUGGAUAACGGCCAUGAGAAUGCCAGAGAAAAUCGAGGGAACGAAUUUCCAGCCAGGACGUCUGAAGAUCUCGUAAUUGGCCAGCAGUCGUCCAGGAACGGAUUCGAGAACGGUCGAUGAUCGAAAUGGAGACCAGGACGAACGAGUCCCUGUCUCUGGUCGGAUCCAUCGUGAGAAACCUGUCGCUGAACCAGACGCGACACCCGGACCAAUUGUUCUCCGUGGCUGCCACCGUUCGAGAUGACGAGAGCAUUCUCUCGAGAAACAACGUUGAAGCGUCGUCCAGAGGCGUCGAGACGGGCUGGUUCAACGACUCCAACACUGGUUCGACGUUCUCCGAUUCUUGGUUCGGCGUGUCGUCGUCGCCAUUCUCGUCGUCGUCACCCAGCUCCGACAAUUACACCGGUAUAUCCGACCUGUUCGUGUUCGAAGACCUGAACGAUUACAUUAAUCAGCUGAACGCUUUCGUUAAUUUGAGCUACGCUGGCGUGGCAACCGAUUUGAACUUGAACGGAACCGUGAACUGCACGUCCUCGAUAGUCUCGGGUACAGCAGCAGAUGUGGUUAGAGCAGGAAAGUGCGAAGGUGACGUUGACGAGAAACCGGACCCCAACAGCUGGUGGGCUCUGAUCCUCGUGAUCGUGCCUUGCUUGACUCUGUUCGGCAACGUGCUGGUCAUCCUCGCCGUGGUUCGAGAGAGGGCCUUGCAAACCGUCACCAACUACUUCAUCGUCAGCCUGGCUGUCGCCGAUCUGCUGGUCGCCGUGCUCGUCAUGCCGUUUGCCGUCUACGUUCUGGUAAACGGAUCUUGGAGCCUGCCAGGGUUUGUGUGCGAUUUUUACAUCGCGAUGGACGUCACGUGCAGCACCAGUUCCAUCUUCAAUCUCGUAGCCAUCUCCAUAGACAGAUACAUCGCGGUGACCCAACCGAUAAAGUACGCCAAGCACAAGAACAAUAGAAGAGUUUGGAUGACGAUACUGUUGGUCUGGGCGAUAUCGGCCGCGAUCGGCAGCCCGAUUGUUCUCGGCUUGAAUAACACUCCUGACCGAAUACCGGACCAAUGCCUCUUCUACAAUACAGACUUUAUCAUCUACUCGAGCCUAUCCAGCUUCUACAUACCCUGCAUUAUUAUGGUGUUCCUCUAUUACAACAUAUUCAAGGCGUUGCGGAACAGAGCGAGGAAAGCGAGGGCCAACAGAAAACCGAACCUGGGCGAUAUAAAACCCGGCAGCAUAAUCGAGAACAUCGCCAAUACGCGCAGUGGGUAUUCUGUGGCAAGGUUUGCGGAGACCGCGCUGGGAGCAGCAGCCCUCGUGGCUCCCGGCAUGGAAGAACCGACGAACACCGCGUCUGGGAGCAACGAAGACGAAGACGAGACACCCCUUGAUCCCGUCGUGGUCAUCUCGAACGACAAGAGCACGGAGUUCUUUUUAGCCACGGUCGUCGAGGAAGCAGCUUGUCGUUUCAGUGCAGUGGCUCAAGCGCAGCUGGGAACUCAGAGCGUCAGGAAAGAUUCCGGGUACGACGGUGCUGCGAGCAGCAUGGUGGUUCAGGACCCACUGGAAGCGAACUCCAGUCCUAGCCCGAAUCCACGAGGUACCUCGGCACCGUCCUCUUCCACGUCCUCCUCCCCGCCACCUAGAGGUCCGGCUCCGAGCUCCAGCUCUCAGACCAAGAAGGACGGCGCCGAGACGAACAAGCAGGAACUUAAGAGGCUCAAGAGUACCGGUACCCUUCUACCUCUUCAGCUUGGCCGGACUCCGAGCGUCUUGUCUGGUUCGUCCACCUGUAAGAAGGAUAAGAAAAACGCGGCCUCAGGCUCGAGGUUCACGAUAUACAAGGCUAACAAGGCCAGCAAGAAGAAGAGGGAAAAAAGCUCGGCGAAAAAGGAGCGCAAGGCCACGAAGACGCUGGCCAUCGUUCUUGGUGUGUUCUUGAUCUGUUGGCUACCGUUCUUCACCUGCAACAUUAUGGACGCGCUUUGCACGAAGCUCGAGGCUACCUGUCAACCGGGCGUCACAGCUUUCAUCGUGACCUCUUGGCUGGGAUACAUGAACAGUUUCGUGAAUCCCGUCAUCUACACUGUGUUCAAUCCCGAAUUUCGCAAAGCCUUCCACAAGCUGGUCAGCUUUUAAACGGGCGAUUCCGUUCACAAUUGCGUUUGUCUUGGAACAGGGAGAAUCGACAAGGCACUGGACAAUCGAACAGCUCAACAUUUGUCCCGGCGAAAGAGAAUCAGACGACCGGUAAUACUCUCUACGCAGGCGCAUCCAUCCGUCACGCGUCACUGUUCGAGUCCCUGGCGAUGUCAAAUCAAAGGUAACGUGCGUCAAUGUUAAAGCUGAAUUACCAAACGAAUACUUAGACUAAUUAGUCCGAUAAAAGGAGCAUCACGGUAUUAGGCACGCGAUAACGUGGAUAAAAUGUCAAAUGGAAUAGUCACAUGUAUUUUUACCAUGACACGACUUUUCAAUGUUAUUUGUCUGGUAAAUAAUUUUCUGUUAAUUGCAUCUGUUGAUACAUUUUCGCCUUCGUCGAAAAACUUCGAGUAGUGUCAUCUUCGAAAUACAUGUACGACGAGAACAUCGCCCGAGCGGAUUUGUCCGAGGUAGCGAACAUGGCGUUAAAACGCAAGGGUGAUGGAGCGUGUAAUCGACGAGCGAGCACACGUUGUAGAUAUUAUACUUCGUUGGAUAUUAAAUAUGCCGUGGCAGUAUUACCGUAGCUCGUAAGAUAUAGCAAUAUUGUUUGGCUCAAAGCAAAAGAACCGAGGACGCCAGUUCUACGAUGAACUGUUCCACGACCUGUACAUUCGCGAAUGCGAUUCACUGUACUUAUAUCGGGUACCUUGAAGUAGAGAAGGGCUUGACGACAUUGUUAUUUAUAAAAUAUCGAUUAAGUAAAAUUUAUUUAAUCGAAAAAGAAUUACGUAGUGUUACAUUUAUUCGCGCAAACUUCGUCAUUUUUCGUUACGUACGUUUUAACCCCAAUUUUAUAAACAAUUUCAUUCGAUGAGUUAUCGACAAACAAAAAGCCUGUCUCUAGUUCGAAGUACCGUCUUCUUCGAAACGAUUCUAUUGCCAUUUCGCCAGUCGAGCCGCCUGCAAUCGAAGUGCACGGCAGAUCGAAAUGCAAGUUUCCUGGGUUCUCGGGUCGCGAAACAUGAGCUUUUCGCCAACUUUGCAAAUCAACACGGAGACUGAGGGAUCGGAAACUGUGUUCUUCGGUCUUUUAGAACCCACCCCCGCGCGGAGAAGGAACAGAAGUUUCACUCGUCGAACACGUCCGAUACACUCCGUAACCAUUUUA